GGCGUGCCGCAUCUUCGCAGGCACUCAACUUCCUUAACGAGCGAGUCUCUGUUGGACUUUGGAUAUUUGCCUGCCUUGAUAGCCGCGGCCGUACAUGGCCGUCGGUGCUAUUUCUGCAAUUAUGUAAUUGGUGAUUGUGCAUGCAGCCCAGUCCCUGCUUGCUCCUACAUGCACUCUUACAGUACAUACAUAUGUAUGUAUGUUCGUAUAUUCUUCCAUCCAUCUGUCUACUCACACACUCAUAUCCGUCCCAUCCCGUCCGGAAGGGCCGGUAUCAUACCCCCGCUCUCUCUCUCUCUCUCUCUCUCUCUCGCUUCCCUCUUCCUUCGAGAACAAUCACACGGAACAAAACCUGUACAUCUGUAUACACUGAUCGCCCUUGGCUCUCUUGUUCCACCCUCGUUUAAUUCUCCUCCCACCCUACCUGUCGUCCUACUCGAUACACAUGCAUGCAAUCAUACUAUGCACCUCGCAUAUAUAGACAUGUUAUCUGCCAACUGCCCACUGCAUCCUUCGCUCAUUAAACCCUUGAUAGCUGUUGCCUUUGCGUUUUUGGUUUUUGGUUUUCAUCUCUCCCUCUCUUUCCUGCCUUUGGGUAAAUGUGAGGACACCUUGAUCUGCCCAUCCUCAUUCAUCUUGCGGCUUGCGGCCAGACCGAGCCGUCUGACACAUCCCAAACAUAUAUAUACAAGAAGCCACAACCUCACCUGCUCCGGUCACGUUCAGCUUCUGCCCAUGACUUUGUGCUUGUUCUUUGUACCCCCACGCCCACACACUCGCCUCUAG